AUGGGCGAGGGCCAGGGCUGUUGGGGUGUCCUCAGCUGGCUGGAGAGCGCGGAGUACGCGGGGCGGCUGUCGCUGGGGGGGGACGGGGCCCUGUCCAUCAGCAGGGUGACAAUGCAGGAUGCCAAGACCUUCAUCUGCCAGGUGGUGACAGACAGCCACGGCACGGCUGAGAACCACACCGAGCUCUAUGUGUACAAGGUCCCCGAGGUUCCUGAGAUUUUGGCCUACCCAGGAGGCAUCUCUGUGCAGAGCAGCAGCUUAUCAGAGAUUGCCCAGUGUGUGAGCAGGAACAGCUUUCCACCCCCCAACAUCACCUGGCACAAGAAUGGGGAGCAGCUGCAGCCAGAGGAUAAUAGUGAGACCCUGGAGUCCCGGCGGGUCAACAUCACCGUUUUCUACCCCGCGGAGCACGUGAAUCUGCAGGUGAAACCGUCCCCGGCGCUGGUGAAGGAAGGGGAUGAUGUGCAGCUGGUCUGUGAGGCUGAUGGGAACCCAGCACCUGUCUUCAGUUUCUACAAAAGAGAGCUGGAGGACAACUGGCAGGACCUGUCCUCUCUGUCAGACGCCAACACUGGGGUGUUGGACCUGCACCAUGUGACUAAGAACAGCAGCGGCUUGUACAAGUGCCAGACCCUGGACUUGGAUGACAUGAGACAGAUGGAGAGGGAUGUGGAGCUCGUUGUGAACUACAUUGAAGGGGUCCGUGUGGAGAUGGAUCCAUCCUCACCCGUUCAGGAAGGGGGAAGUGUGAGGCUGAGCUGCAGUGCCCACAGCCCCGUGGCCCUGGCCUACCAGUGGAAGAAUGAGAAGAACGUGAAUGUUGGAGAAGGGAACCAGCUGGUACUGAAGAACCUCACCUUCGAAAACUCCGGCAACUUCAGCUGCAAAGUGACGGCCCCGAGCGUGCAGGGGCUGGAGCAGACCCAGCAGGUGGCAGAGGCCGUGCACGGGAAGCCACGGAUCGUGGCCAUCAGCUCCCCCGUGUACGUGCGGCAGGACGAGGUGGUGAACCUGACCUGCAAGGCCAUCGGUGUCCCCUCGCCCUCCUUCCGCUGGAGUGUCAGUGGGAUGGCUCACGAGUACGUUGAGAACCAGCACAUCACCAGCAACCUGACCGUGCGUGUGAACCCUGAGCUGCUGCGGAAAGGAGCCAAGUGCACGGUCUUCAACACCCUGGGCUCCAUGGAGGAGAGCAUCCAGCUGCUGAAUCAAAAGACACCAGAGAGCAAAGGGGUGAUCAUCGUGGCCAUCAUCAUCUGCAUCCUGGUGGUGGCUGUGCUGGGCUCUGUCAUCUACUUCCUGCACAAGAAAGGCAAGAUCCCCUGUGGCCGUUCUGGGAAACAGGACAUCACAAAGCCAGAGGCACGUAAAGACAAGAUUGUAGUUGAAGUUAAGUCAGAUAAGCUUUCCGAAGAGGCUGGGCUCCUGCAGGGUGCCAACGGCGAGAAGAGAUCUGCCGCUGACCAGAGCGAGAAAUACAUCGAUCUGAGAAACUAA